GCCUGGCUGUUGGAAGCGUAGAAGAUGGCCGUGAACAAAUGUAUCAAGUACUGCCUCUUUGUUUUCAACCUGCUGUUCUGGAUCAGUGGAUGCAUCAUCCUCGGAGUCUCCAUCUACCUCAAAGUGAACCCUGUGUUUGGGGGGUUGUUACCGGGGCUGAACCUGCUGAUUGCCGUCGGUGCCAUCAUCACGGUGCUCGGCUUCCUGGGCUGCUUUGGAGCCAUCAGGGAGAGCCGCGUCAUGCUCAUGCUGUUCUUCGUCGGGCUGCUCCUCAUCUUCAUCCUCCUGGUGAUCGCUGGAAUCCUGGGAGCUGUCGGAGUGAAUAAGAUUGAGGAAUGGUUGACGGGGAAGCUGCUACCGCUGAGGAACCAGUCGUCUUUGUUCCAGAUGUUCAUGCAGGAACUGGAAGAGCAGGCAAAGUGUUGUGGACUGAUCCAUGGACCUUCAGACUGGGGCUCAACAGUCCCCGCCUCUUGUGACUGCCGCGACACCAAUCAGGAGUGCAAACUCACAGACGGACGACGCAAAGUGUACUUGAGACCUUGUACCAAGUUGGUGAUGUCAGUCAUCGCGAAGGGUACAGUCAUCACCCUGGGGAUUGCAUUUGGCAUCGCAGUCUUGAUGAUCUUUGGAAUGGCCUUCGCCAUGACCCUGUAUUGCCAGAUUGGGGAGACGUAUGCCACGUUAAGCUAGGGAAAUGGUCCAAUUGAUGCGCUUAUCAAGAGAACAUCCCUGGUCCAUCCCUACUGCCUCUGAUCUGGAGGACUCACUAAACAGAGAACAUCCCUGGUCAUCCCUACUGCCUCUGAUCUGGACUCACUAAACAGAGAACAUCCCUGGUCAUCCCUACUGCCUCUGAUCUGGUGGACUCACUAAACAGAGAACAUCCCUGGUCAUCCCUACUGCCUCUGAUCUGGAGGACUCACUAAACAGAGAACAUCCCUGGUCAUCCCUACUGCCUCUGAUCUGGAGGACUCACUAAACAGAGAACAUCCCUGGUCAUCCCUACUGCCUCUGAUCUGGACGACUCACUAAACAGAGAACAUCCCUGGUCCAUCCCUACUGCCUCUGAUCUGGAGGACUCACUCAACAGAGAACAUCCCUGGUCAUCCCUACUAGCCUCUGAUCUGGAGGACUCACUAAACAGAGAACAUCCCUGGUCCUCCCUACUGCCUCUGAUCUGGAGGACUCACUAAACAGAGAACAUCCCUGGUCAUCCCUACUGCCUCUGAUCUGGAGGACUCACUAAACAGAGAACAUCCCUGGUCCAUCCCUACUGCCUCUGAUCUGGAGGACUCACUAAACAGAGAACAUCCCUGGUCCUCCCUACUGCCUCUGAUCUGGAGGACUCACUAAACAGAGAACAUCCCUGGUCCAUCCCUACUGCCUCUGAUCUGGAGGACUCACUAAACAGAGAACAUCCCUGGUCAUCCCUACUGCCUCUGAUCUGGAGGACUCACUAAACAGAGAACAUCCCUGGUCAUCCCUACUGCCUCUGAUCUGGAGGACUCACUAAACAGAGAACAUCCCUGGUCCAUCCCUACUGCCUCUGAUCUGGAGGACUCACUAAACAGAGAACAUCCCUGGUCCAUCCCUACUGCCUCUGAUCUGGAGGACUCACUAAACAGAGAACAUCCCUGGUCAUCCCUACUGCCUCUGAUCUGGAGGACUCACUAAACAGAGAACAUCCCUGGUCCAUCCCUACUGCCUCUGAUCUGGAGGACUCACUAAACAGAGAACAUCCCUGGUCCCUCCCUACUGCCUCUGAUCUGGAGGACUCACUAAACAGAGAACAUCCCUGGUCCAUCCCUACUGCCUCUGAUCUGGAGGACUCACUAAACAGAGAACAUCCCUGGUCCAUCCCUACUGCCUCUGAUCUGGAGGACUCACUAAACAGAGAACAUCCCUGGUCCAUCCCUACUGCCUCUGAUCUGGAGGACUCACUAAACAGAGAACAUCCCUGGUCAUCCCUACUGCCUCUGAUCUGGAGGACUCACUAAACAGAGAACAUCCCUGGUCCAUCCCUACUGCCUCUGAUCUGGAAGGACUCACUAAACAGAGAACAUCCCUGGUCCAUCCCUACUGCCUCUGAUCUGGAGGACUCACUAAACAGAGAACAUCCCUGGUCCAUCCCUACUGACUCUGAUCUGGAGGACUCACUAAACAGAGAACAUCCCUGGUCCAUCCCUACUGCCUCUGAUCUGGAGGACUCACUAAACAGAGAACAUCCCUGGUCCAUCCCUACUGCCUCUGAUCUGGCACACUCACUAAACACAAACACUUCAUUUGUAAAUGAUGGAGUGAUGCAAUAUGUCCCUGGCUUUAUGUAAAUAAAGUACAAAACAUGAAAAUGGCACCAUCUGGUUGUCUUAAUAUAAAGAAUUUGAAAUAAUUUGUACUUUUACUUAUUAUCAAUGGUGACCUGUCAUUCGGGUGUUUGAGCCCCACAUUGUUUAUUUUUUUGGGGGGGUGGGACUUGCCUGUUUUGCAUGUUAUUUUGACAUUAAUACGUAUCACAUAUCAGUUUGCAAACGAUGUACAA